CUUCUCCCGGCGCCGGCGAGAGGCAGACGCGGAGCGGGAUCCCGGACCUCGCAGCGCCUCGGCCGCCCCGCGCGCCCUGCUUGCCCGCGCGGCCCCUUCCCGGGUCCGAGGGGACCCGCGGAGCGCGGGAGGCGGGAACCUCAGCUUCGGAGCCGCCGGCCCCACUCCUCCCCUCCCGCGCACAUCCCGAGACUCCCGCGAACUCGCGCGGCGGCCGGCGAUCGAGCCCGAGCCGCGGAGCCGCGCGUCUCCCGCAGCCUGCGUUCCCGCUCCGGCGCCCGCAUCUCCUGCUGCGGGGCCAGCGCCGGCGAUGAGGAGCGGAGCAGCCCGUCUUCCGAGCCGCUGAAGCUUUCGCCGCCGAUCGCCCGCGGCCGACCGGAGGUGCGGGAGCCGGUGCGGCCGGGGAGCGGGGACUAGGGGCAGGGGAAGGACCAAGGGGGCUCCCCUACGGCCCCAGCCGCCGCGCUGCGCCGCGGACUCCAGAAGGUGAUCGGUCCGCUCUUCUGCCCCCUUCCCUCCCCCCUACCUAACUUUUGUCUCAGCUCGUCGGCCUCCAGGUCUCCUCUCCGCAUACCCACCCGCGGCCGUGCCAUCCACCCGGGGCAUGGGCCCCCCGACAAGGCUCCAGGAGGCGCCGCGGCCUCGCAAGACGUGAGAGGCCCGCUCGGCUCGAUCCCGAGGUUCCGGAGAGCUGCGGAGAGAGCUCCUAGCCAGCGCCCGCGCGCUCGGCCCGGCGGCAGUGAGCGCUGCGCCCCGCGGUGCAGAACGUCCAGGAGCGCCGGAGCUGCGGCUGAGGCGAGUAGCUGGCCGGAGGCGCGCGGCGGAGCAGGCUGUCAUGCCCUAUUGAUCCCUCCCCCCCCACCCCCCGCCAAGUAUGUUUGGGCUGGACCAAUUCGAGCCCCAGAUCAACAGCCGGCACGCUGGUCAGGGCGAGGGGAACUUUAACGAAGCCGGACUGAGCAUGAACGCCCACUUUAAGGCUCCUGCUUUUCACGCCGGGCCUCCUCCUGGCCCCGUGGACCCUGCAAUAAGCGCUCUGGGCGAACCCCCGAUCUUGGGUUUGAACAUGGAGCCCUACGGCUUCCAUGCGCGCGGCCACUCCGAGCUGCACGCAGGGGGGCUGCAGGCGCAGCCCGUGCACGGCUUCUUCGGCGGCCAGCAGCCUCACCACAGCCACCCCGGAGGCCAUCACCCGCACCAGCAUCACCCCCACUUUGGGGGCAACUUCGGUGGUCCGGACCCAGGUGCCUCAUGUCUGCACGGGGGCCGGCUGCUUGGCUACGGAGGUGCAGCGGGCGGCCUGGGCAGCCAGCCCCCGUUCGCAGAGAGUUAUGAGCACAUGGCGGAGAGCCAGGGGCCGGAGGGCUUCGGCCCGCAGCGGCCAGGAAACCUCCCGGACUUCCACAGUUCGGGCACCUCGGGCCACGCCGUGCCUGCCCCGUGCUUGCCGCUGGACCAGAGCCCUAACCGGGCUGCCUCUUUCCACGGCCUGUCCGCCUCCAGCGGCUCGGAUUCUCACAGCCUGGAGCCCCGGAGGGUGACGAACCAAGGAGCUGUAGAUUCCCUGGAAUACAAUUACCCGAGCGAACCGCCCUCAGGACAUUUUGACAUGUUUUCACCCUCUGACUCUGAAGGGCAGCUGCCACAUUAUGCUGCGGGUCGCCAGGUUCCCGGGGGCGCCUUCCCGGGUGCUUCGGCCAUGCCCAGAGCCUCAGGCAUGGUGGGUUUGUCCAAAAUGCACGGCCAGCCACCGCAGCCGCCGCCACAACAGCAGCAACCGCAGCACGGAGUGUUCUUCGAGAGGUUUGGCGGGGCCCGAAAGAUGCCUGUGGGUCUGGAGCCUGCAGUGGGCUCCAGGCACCCGCUAAUGCAGCCUCCCCAGCAGGCCCCACCACCCCCGCAGCAGCAGCCCCCGCAGCAGCCGCCGCCACCACCCGGGCUUCUGGUCCGACAGAAUUCUUGCCCUCCUGCGCUCCCGCGGCCCCAGCAGGGUGAGGCUGGCACACCCAGUGGUGGCCUGCAGGACGGGGGCCCCAUGCUACCCAGCCAACACUCGCAGUUCGAGUAUCCCAUCCAUCGGCUAGAGAACCGGAGCAUGCACCCAUAUUCUGAGCCUGUUUUCAGCAUGCAGCAUCCCCCUCCUCAGCAGGCGCCCAACCAGAGGCUGCAGCAUUUCGAUGCGCCCCCCUACAUGAACGUGGCCAAGAGGCCGCGUUUUGACUUUCCAGGCAGCGCAGGCGUGGACCGCUGCGCCUCGUGGAAUGGCAGCAUGCAUAACGGCACCCUGGACAACCAACUCUCUCCCUCUGCCUACCCAGGCCUCCCAGGCGAGUUCACACCGCCUGUGCCGGACAGCUUUCCCUCGGGACCGCCCUUGCAGCACCCAGGGCCGGACCACCAGUCCCUUCAGCAGCAGCAGCAACAGCAGCAGCAGCAACAACAACAGCAGCAGCAGCAGCAACAGCAGCAACAGCAGCAGCAGCAGCAACGCCAGAAUGCGGCCCUCAUGAUUAAACAGAUGGCGUCCCGGAACCAGCAGCAGCGGUUGCGACAACCCAACCUGGCCCAGCUAGGCCAUCCUGGGGACGUGGGCCAGGGCGGCCUGGUCCACGGAGGUCCCGUGAGUGGCUUGGCCCAGACGAACUUUGAGCGCGAAGGCGGCAGUGCAGGUGCGGGGCGCCUGAGUGGCUUUGAGCAGCAGGCGCCCCACCUGGCGCAGGAGAGCGCGUGGUUCGCGGGUCCACACCCUCCCGGCGACCUGCUGCCCCGGAGGAUGGGCAGCGCGGGGUUGCCGGCUGACUGCGGCCCGCACGACCCUGGUCUGGCGCCUCCCCCUGCUCCGGGUGGCUCAGGGGUGCUAUUCCGAGGCUCUCUGCAGGAGCCUCUAAGGAUGCCUGGGGAAGGCCACGUGCCUGCACUGGCCUCGCCCGGGCUGCAGUUUGGGGGCAGCUUGGCUGGUCUAGGCCAGUUGCAGUCGCCCGGGGCCGGUGUGGGACUGCCCAACGCUCCGUCCGAGCGACGGCCUCCGCCUCCGGACUUCCCCGCGCCAGCUCUCGGAGGCCAGCCCGGCUUUCCAUUCGGCACAGGCAGCCGGCAGGCCACGCCGCACAGCGCUCCAGGCGUGAAUUCGCCCCCGAGCGCGGGCGCGGGCAGCGGCAGCUCCGGUGCCGGCGGGGGCGCUUACCCGCCGCAGCCGGAUUUCCAACCCAGCCAGCGCAACUCGGCCAGUAAGCUGGGCGCGCUGUCGUUGGGGUCUUUCAACAAGCCCAGCUCUAAGGACAACCUGUUCGGCCAGAGCUGCCUGGCUGCACUCUCAACUGCUUGCCAGAACAUGAUCGCCAGCCUGGGUGCUCCUAACCUCAACGUGACUUUCAACAAGAAGAACCCACCCGAGGGGAAGAGGAAACUGAGCCAGAACGAGCCCGACAGCGCGGUCGCAGCCGGUAACCCGGGCUCGGAUUACUUCCCCGGAGGGACUACUCCUGGGGCCCCUGGACCCGGAGGCCCUUCCGGGACCAGUGGUGGUGGCUCCAAAGCCUCAGGACCGCCCAACCCUCCCAUCCAGGGGGAUGGCACCAGUCUCUCCCCCAAUUACACCCUGGAAUCAACAUCGGGUAACGAUGGCAAGCCAGUCCCUGGGAGCAGUGGCCGGGGAAGGGGGCGCAGAAAACGGGACAGUGGUCACGUGAGCCCCGGGACCUUCUUCGACAAAUACUCCGCAGCUCCUGACAGUGGGGGUGCACCAGGGGUGAGCCCGGGGCAGCAGCAGGCUCCUGGGUCGGCCGCUGGGGGAAGCUCAGUGAACGAGGCCCGAGGGCCCACACCCCAUGAGAAGGCCCUCACAUCACCCUCGUGGGGAAAGGGAGCCGAGCUGCUUCUUGGGGACCAGCCGGACCUCAUGGCGUCCCUGGACAGCACAGCCAAAUCAGAUGGUAGUUCCCCGCACGUGGGUGAGUUCGCCUCUGACGAGGUGAGCACAAGUUAUGCGAACGAGGACGAAGUGUCCUCCAGUUCUGACAACACUACAGCCCUGGCCAAAGCCAGCCGAAGUCCCCUGGUGACCAGCUCGCCCAAACUCCCGCCUCGAGGGGUGGGUGCUGGGGAACACACACCGAAGGCUUCGGCCUUGGGUCUGGGCAUCCUGUCUACCUCUUCCUCGACCCCUGACAGCUAUGGUGGGGGCGUGGGCACCGGACAUCCCGGCACACCAGGCCUGGAGCAAGUCCGGACCCCAACGAGCAGCAGCGGUGCGCCGCCUCCUGACGAGAUUCAUCCCCUGGAGAUCCUCCAAGCCCAGAUCCAGCUGCAGAGACAACAAUUUAGCAUCUCAGAGGACCAACCCCUGGGGCUCAAGGGCGGCAAAAAAGCCGAGUGUGCUGUAGGGGCCUCCGGAGCACAGAAUGGUGACAGCGAGUUGGGUAGCUGCUGCUCCGAUGCAGUCAAGAGCGCCAUGAGUACCAUCGACCUGGACUCCCUGAUGGCAGAACACAGCACUACUUGGUACAUGCCACCUGACAAGGCCCUGGUGGAUGGUGGAGACGAGGACAAGACGCUGGCGCCCUGGGAGAAGGCCAAGUCCCAGAACCCCAACAACAAAGAAGCCCAUGACCACCCUACCAACAAGGCCUCAGCCACCCAGCCCGGCAGCCACCUGCAGUGCCUGACUGUCCACUGCACAGAUGGCGAUCCCAAGGCCCGCACUGCCGUACCCACCUGGCGGUCUCUGCACUCCGACAUCUCCAACCGAUUUGGGACAUUUGUGGCCGCCCUGACUUGAGCCCAUGGGAGCCGCCGCCCUUACCACCACAAGGGCCUCUGUGGCUGAGCGGACUCUUUACGAUUGUUUUUUUUUUUUUUUUUUUUUUUUUCUUGGUCUAGGUUGGUACUUGCUUAGUGGCACUCAGAAUGGAAAGGAUUCAUUGAAAGGGGCUGGGGAAGGUGAUUAAAAAGAACCUCAAAAAGUUAUCUUAAAGAAACCAUGUGUGACACACCGUGACACACCUGUGUCUUCCUCAGCAGUAAACGCUGGCUUGGCGCAGCCUUUUUUCUGCUAGAGAACCUCCGUUUCCUGUACUCGGCGUGUGUUCUAGAAGGCUCUUGCCUUGUGUAAGCCCUGCCAGGGGUACCUGGAACCCCCCUUUUGAAAUUCAUUUCCCUCCCUCUUUUCUGUUUGCUUUGUUCAUCCCAACGGAGAUCUUGGAGGAUAGGAUCCUGGAGCAUUCCCCGGUGGAUGCCACAGGGUCAUGGCAGCGUUGACUGGUGAUAUGGAACAGCUUGAGGCACCGCUGUCAGGCACUGGGUUUUCUCUGUUCCCUGAGAACUUGCAGAGGAGAGGUCCUUUCCUCGAUAGCCCUUAGCUUUCACUGAGCUUCCAUUCCUCCCUCUGGGAGCUGUCCCUCUAAAGCCUCCUGAGUUGUGAGCUGGAUGCUGGGAUGCAGGCUGCCGGGGCCGUGAGCACCCUCUAAGUCACCAUUGUACUCUGUUUUCUCUGUGGCCUUGUGACCCUCAAAGGGCACAAGGGAGGGUCUGUCAAUUGUCCAAGGGACUUCCUGGCCCUGCUCUCCCAGAUGGCGGCCAGGGUGCCUCAGCUCUCCGACUUCCACCUAGCAUAGCAAGUGAUUCUGUCCCCGGGAGGAGGGAUUGAGGCAGCCAGACUCAGGCCCAGACACUCUUUGGUCCUGCACAGAUCCUUGGAGGGAAGGAGAAUAAAUUGAAUGGCUUUGUGAUGCCCAUCCCCGGACCUCAUCUUCCCUCUGUGGGAUGUCUCCUGCCCUUUUGAUUUCGUUUCAUUCUGGUUUAAAAGCAGAGCCCUGCCCAGUGGGUCCUCCUGGGAGAGAUGCUUCUGCCUAAGCGGAGAGGAACAGAGAUUGUGGAGCUGAUGUGGACAACAGCUUAGGGUGUAAUCUGUACCCUGCCUACUGCUAUGCUAUGGGGCCAUGCAUCCCUGGGAGGGUCAGGCCAGGGCCAGCAUCAGCUCAUUCUUUGUUGUCAGCAUGUCUCCUCAAUUACUCCUUUCUGAGCCCCAACUUGACAGACACCUUUCCCUUUCUUAGCAAGAAGUCCAAAGGCUCAAGGCUCGGGGCUCUCCAGACACCCGUAUUGUUUGUGUCAAGGGAUUUUUCAACUGCGGGAGCCCCUUGCUAAAAGUGGGCUAUCCCCCUCAAGUCCUCCUUCUCUUCCUCCUCAUGGCUGAGGCCUGAGCCCCGAGGGUCUACACCCGCCGCCUGGGCAGUGUGAUGGGGCUCAGAGGGCAGAAACAGGUGGCAUGGGCUAGUGAGCAGGAAGGGCCCCUCUGUUCUAUGCCCAAAGCAGUGAAGGGAUGGCUUCCCUCUUUCCAUGGGCCACGGGAGCAUCCUUCAGGCUUUGGUCGAUCAGAGUUUGUGACAUCAAGCUGUCUGAGAGUGCCAACCUUCACUCCCCAAACAAGAAUGACAGUUUUCAGUGCUUAAGGCUGAGGAUGAGCAUGCUAAUGGCUGUCAGUGAACUUCCCAGCAUCAACUCUACACGCAGCGAGUGGCUCAGGUCACCCGGAAGUGUCCAGUGUUAUCUGUUCUCACUCCCCAUGACCCCUGGGGUGGAACAGCUUUUAAAAUAGCCUUAAGCAAAAGGACAUCGUGUCAUUAAAUUUGGUUUAGUGGGAAGAAUAAAAGUAGAAGAAAACCAUGCCCGAAGUGCAGGAGCCUGGGAACACUGUAAUCAGUACGCAGCCGACUCCAGUAGAGAGAAGGAAAUCGCUAUUGCACAUGUAUAAUAUGAACCCCUAACCCUGCGGUGUGGUGCGCGAGCCUGUAAGCUUUUUUGACUCUUAAAGAAAACCAUUUCUGAAUGCUUGGUUGGAAGACAGUGACUGACAAUAGCUCAUGAAACUGAGUGGUAUUUUUCUUUCUUUUUUUAAAAAAAAAUAUGUAAAGUUGAGUCUUCCGUAUUCACGCAUACUGUAUAUACGUGUAUAUGUUUUGCUGAGCAGCUUAAAUAACAAUAAAUACAACGUUAACGGUG